CUCUUUAAGCUAAAGAAUUUAUUUUGUGCAUCCGCAUGCAAGUUCGGGUUCUACAUGAGAAUCAGAGAUCAAGGAUGAAACUUGAUAUGGGAUUUAGUUGUUUUAGUCAUUGGUUCUUGAAAUUUAGGAAUUUGAAUUGGAUGGAGUUAUUAAUACUUGGUGGGUGAUCGUCGUUCUCUUCAGAUUUUUUUGAUUUAGAAUGAUGGAUAUCGAGACGGGAGGCUAUGGGAGGACAAACAGACCAGUUUUUGAUCGACUUGAAGGACAGCAGUCGCAGCACCUCUAUGUCAAGAAUCAAGUCUGUAAAUUCUGGCUUGCUGGACAGUGCAACAGGAACCCGUGUAGGUUUCUUCACUCACAUUCACCAAACCCACAGCCACAACCUAAAUCAAUCCCACAGCCACAACCUCAGCAAUCAGAUGACCCAAAUGCUAAUUAUGGGAACAAAAUUAAAACAACUUGGAGGAACCCCAACAUCUCUGCCUCCAAGAAUGUGAAAGUUUCUUCUCCUAUGAAUGUGAAAGUUUCAUCCCCUGGAGUGGUGACCUCUGAUGUUAAUUGUGGUCAUUCGGGUCAGAGGGCUCAGCAAAAGCUAUGCCAGUAUUGGGUUACGGGAAAUUGUGUUCAUGGCGAUAAAUGCAAGGAUCUGCACUCAUGGUUUUCUGGCUCUGGGUUGGCCUUGUUGACGAAGUUGGAAAGGCACAAUAAGGCCGUUACUGGUGUUGCCCUUCCAUGCGGUUCUGACAAGCUCUUUUCUGGCAGCAAGGAUGAAUCUGUGUGCCUUUGGGAUUGCAACACUGGCCAGUGUGUUGGUAUUGUUAAACCUGGUGGGGAGAUUGGAUGCUUGAUCAGUGAAGGUCCAUGGGUGUUUGUGGGUCUGCAGAAUGCUGUGAUGGCAUGGAACAUCCAGACCCAGACAGAGCUUCUCCUUAGGGGACCAGUUGGCCUAGUUAAGGCCUUGGUUGUGGGUGGUGAUAUGCUCUUUGGUUGUGCACAGGAUGGUUCCAUAUUGGCUUGGAAGUUCAGUUCAGAGUCCAGUUGCCCAGAACUUGUGGCAACUCUAAAGGGCCACAAGCUUGCUGUUCUAUCCCUUGUUGUGGGAGCUGGUAGGCUCUACUCAGGGUCCAAGGAUGAAACAAUAAGAAUGUGGGACCUAAAAACCUUGCAGUGUCUGCAGACACUAAGUGGUCAUACUAAUUUUGUGACCUCUCUCAUUUGUUGGGACUGCUAUCUCUUAUCCGGAUCAUUGGAUAGUACAUUAAAGGUGUGGGCAGCAACUGAAAGUGGAGAUGUGCAAGUAGUUUAUGAAUUUAAGGAAGAAAGUGGUAUUCUUGCUCUUAGUGGAAUAGAAGAUUCACAGUCCAAGCACAUCCUGCUUGUUUCAUGCAAAGACAAUACCGUUCGCCUAUACGACCUGCCAUCAUUUUCUGAAAGAGGCAGAGUAUUUGCUAAGAGAGAAGUUGAGGCCAUUGCCGUAGGUUGUGGUGACCUGUUUUUCACUGGUGAUGCUACAGGACAGUUAUCUGUUUGGAAGCUGCUUGGAGGGUCAUCUGCAGAGGAGGGCUAAAUCGUCGUGAAAGCCUCUCCUGGAACUGUAAUAGAGGCCAUUGCCGUAGGUUGUGGUGACCUGUUUUUCACUGGUGAUGCUACAGGACAGCUGUCUGUUUGGAAGCUGCUAGGAGGGUCAUCUGCAGAGGAGGCUAAAUCGUCGUGAAAGCCUCUCCUGGAACUGUAAUAGAGCUUUCACUUGUAGCUUUAGGAGGGGAUUGAUAAGAACACUCUCUUUCGGAGAGACUGAAUAUGUAAAAAACAUGGAGACAUCCUUUUAUCUAUCAAGUGUAAGAUAUUAUCUUUUCGA